AUGACCAGUAUCUCUCAUGUUGUUCUUGGGAUAGCCAUACUGCAUUUGAUCACACCUUUACUAGCUUUGGAAAACAGUCGCCACGAUGCAAGAAAGAAGGUUUUGGAUUGGCUAGCGGAAAACCCAGAAUUCAAACUCAAUGACAAGCUGGCAAUGCGAGAUGGCAGUAUUGUGGUGGAGGAGACUAUUGAGGCAGACGAAGUUCUCAUGGUGAUUCCAGAAUCCAAGAUUCUUACCGUGGAUGAUGAAGAAGAUGAGGACCCAAGUCUGUGUCUACUCUUUGAGUAUUUAGACUACGAAAUUGGCCUUGGUGAAGAAUCAAAAUUUGCGCCAUAUAUAUUUCAAAUACAACAGGAACAGGCGAGCGACCUCUUGCUACCUUCCUUGUGGUCAAGCACAGCACAGCGAUUAAUAAUGGUCGUCAGUAUCACAUCUCCAAAUUUCGACAUUGUUUCGCUGAUUGACGAUUACUCUGAGUGCAUUUAUUACGCAAAAGAGGACGAGGACAUUGUAGACGAGGACGUCGCUCAAGAGGACAUUGCAGACAGGGACAUCACAGCCCCGGUUGCUGAGAAGCACCAGGUCAAGCAUCCAGACGACUCCAAAACUGAAAAUAAAGCUCUUGAGAUAUCACCGGAAGAUAAGGUCGAUAGACUUAUCCUGGCUCUUGCAAUAAAACACCAGAUCGAUCAGACAUAUUUUGUCCCAUUGUAUGAUCAGCUCCCACACCAUCACCUGACCUACAAUGUCAAGCACAGCGUUCGCGAUGAUGAUGCGAUCGAAGUUGUGGCGAUAGAAACCAUUCCUGUCGGGGAUGAAGUCGUCAGACAGACCAAAUCGUGUUUGCAAAAUUGCAGCCCCCUCGAAACUACCGUAGCGAUCGAUACGCUGAAAAAGUAUGGGGAGGUUCAACCCUACCCGCACUUGUGGAAGCUUGGGAAUGAUCUUUCUUUCAUUUACAAUGGUAAUUCUCCAGAGCCAAUCGAAGAUACAAUGCGGGGAAAAGGAAAGUCUGUGAAAUGGAUCAACCCGCCCACCAGAGAGUCUCAGCUAGAAAUCAUGGACGAGGAGCUGACUCGACAAAGAAAGGCAUACAGGAAAGAGGUGCUCUUGUCAACAGACAGCGUGGAUCCAAAAGAGUGGGAACAAAUUGAUAGGUAUUGUCGGUCGCUUAUGGGUGCAUUGAAGGAUGCGAUCAAAGAGGGAUAUGAAUAUUUGGAUACUCUGGAAACGCUUCAAGGGAAUGGAGAUUCGCAGAGCGACGACGAUUCUGAAGAUGAAAGCCAAGAGCCAUCAGAUCAUAUCACCGAAAGAGACAAUAGUGUCGAUGGGUCGUGUAUUGCAGACGACGUGGCUAAUGAACAAUAUCAGGAGGCAGAGGGUGUCAUUCCGGGAUCAAGCAUGGAAAGGGUACAAGAAGAAAUGUUAGCGAUGAAAGAUGCAUUGCACCAUGAUUAUUUUGGGUAUUUGCAGGGUGAAGCGAAUGAUCCAUGGCUGGUGAAAGGUUGCGGCACUUCUGAGAGAUGUACUAUGGUACAUAUUGCAAAGUCGAGAGGAUGCAACUCCUAUGACUUCAAUGCACGACGGAAUCAAACAGAAUGGGCGACGAUGCGAAGUGCCUACAUUGCAACAGUUGGGCCUCGGAGAGCAUCGAUAAAGCUGUCGUAUGGCUCUGGCUUUCGGAUACCUAUUAAGAUUGCCCACUCACCAGGCCGCGGAAGAGGCGUUUUUGCGACCACCGAUAUCCCCAAGGGCACCCUGGUUUGGACUUCAGACUUCACAGCAACGUUCGAAGAAGGGUUUCAGUUUCGAAAGUUCCUGUCGGUAUUGCCCGAUGACAUGGUCUGCGACCUUCUAUUUUGGUGUUAUACGAUGAAGGAUGAAGGUGAACAUGUCAUUGCUUGUGAUCUUGACGAAUCGAGUCUCUUCAAUCACGCGGAUCAUCGAUUCGAAUACAACAUCGGCGAGAUACCGGUAACCAACGAGGGACGAGAAGAACAGAAAAGAAAAACUCGAGAUAUUGAUUCUGCAUUUUCCCUCAGAGACAUAGAUGCGGGAGAAGAGUUGAUUACAUCAUACGAUGAGUUUCAUUCAUUUGGGUUCGACGAGAUGGGGCUGGCAUAG